CGAUAGUACAAACAGCCACCCCAAGUGUCACCAGUGAAACGCCAGCAUUUUUUUUUUACAAACAGAGUACGAGUUAUCAGGAAAAUCUAAAGGUUUUCUCUUAUUUUGAUUCGUGCAUAGCUUAGGAAAGGGUGUGAAAAGCAAAAGCCGGCAGCCAUGGACAUCGAACUGAGUCUGGACGAGAUUAUAGAGCGAAAGCGCGGGCACGGCGGCCAUCGUCCCAGCGACAGAAAGUUCAAUCCCAACUUCUCUAAGCCGCGCCGGCUGCUGAACAAGCCUUCCUUCAAACCAUCGGGCGCCGGAGGAUCCCUGUCUGAUCCGCCAGCAAAGCGCACCUUCGAUGCCAGGAACAAGAUCAUCCAGAAGACACGUGCCAAGAUAGCUGAUGCCCGUGACCUGAUCAACCAGAGCAUGCGAGACUCUGGCAUCGAUGCCCGCCAGUUGUUGCUGGAGAGGAAGAAGUCCCGUCCGGCGGGCCCAUUACCUGAUGAUGAUGAAGAUGAGUCGGUGAAACCAUCACGUCACGCCCGAGGUACGGGAGUACAUAUUGGCCAGUUUGCUCAGCGCACCAUCAGCAUGGCAAACCACCCAAACCAUGGCCAAACCACGAAAUGGGACACGGACGACGAGGUCGUGGGACUGGGCGACCACAGAUUGGCGGGCCUGCGUCGUACCUUUGGCCCCAGAUCCAAUCAGCCGGGCAAACCCUUUGCUCCACGCGGCUAUGUUGAUCAUGACAAUAUGCAGGAUCUCGAAGAUGAGGAGAUCACUCGCACACUUCACUUUGGCAAUUACACUGGCCAGCAGCAGCCGCCGCCGCGCUACACCUUUGGUGGCUUUGACCUGAACCGCGACGACGACGUGGAGAUGUCAACGGCUCCACUAAAGAACAAUAUAGCCAACGAUCCAUUCUCUAUUUACGAGGUGGCCCGCAAUCGCAUUGAGCGACCUUCGUUGCCCACCCCGCUGGUCGUUGGACGCACGGAUACCAGCGAGAAGCUCUUCGAGCGCCGCCACCGCAGCACGGUAAACACAAGCAAUCUUCCAGAAUCGUUGCGGGCUCGUUUGUUUGGCGGUGAGCCGGAUCGUCGCGUCUCCCAUGGGAUCUACGCAAACGAGAACCGUGGACAGGUCGCUGGUAGCAGUGGUGGUGGUGGUGGUGGUGGUAGUGCAGCUCCAUCGAUGUCCCACCCGAUGACAAUACGCCGUUCACCACCCACAUUGCCGCUGGGUACGUCGAACAGCAAGGGUGGAUAUCGCCUGCUGGUGAGCAAUCUGCAUUCGAAUGUGACAACUGCGGAUAUUCGCGAGCUCUUUAGCGACAUCGGUCCAAUGUACGACGCCCAUGUGGUGCGUCCCGGCACCGCCGAAGUUAUUUACAAGUCACUGGAACACGCCGAGAUGGCCGUAGACGCCUAUCACCAUCGUGAGUUCGAUGACCAGCCAAUGCACUGUGUGCUGGUCAAUCCGCACUCCUCCCACCGCUCGGCACACAACUCCAGCUCUCGCACAGUGACCACGAACUCGUCUGGCGUGGAGGUGGACAUCGAUGCACUUCACUCGGUACUCUUCCGGGACCGCUAGGAGGCGUCCGGGAAUUAAGAGGCAACUAGACAAUUUUCUAGACAUACCACUCAAUUCAUCAUCUCCCUAGUAUUAAGUUCAACAACGUAAACCAUCUUCACUUUAGGCGCGCUUGCCACCCGGCGCUUGUUCAGCAAACUAGACAAGUUUAAACCAAAACAUUUGUUUAGUAUAGACACUGUAUCCAAUUGAAUAGACAAGAACAUGGUACUAUUCGAAAAAUA